UGGAUCAAAUCAGAGAUCUGGUAAAAAUACGGAUUUUCUGGAUAUCCAAAACACCAGAUAUCUUAAAAAUUACGGAUAAAAUCGAAUCAAAAAAUCGAUUGCUCGUACCGAGUGGAAUGGCUUACGGAUAAUCACUCCGUGUACACCCUCAAUUUGGGGCCUAUGGCAACUAUGCCUAUUCAGAUACACAGUAAGCACAGCUCUGCCCACGACAUCUAGUGGUUUGGCACUACUUCCUAACAAUCUCCCAAAUUUGAUAUUUAUAUCAUAUAUCUUAAUAUAGUUUGGCCUGCAAACUUAGCAUCUUUCAUGUCAAACGCCUUCUAUAUGUUAUACUAUCAAUAGUGGAAUCAAUAAUGAUAAGUUAAGCUACAACAGGGUAAAUAAUAAAAACCAACUUGAUAUAAUUCAGCCAAAACUAGAAACCACAACUCCUCCAGAUUUUUCUAUUUAUAGUUCAUAAACUCUUUUCUUCCACUUAAACAACCAAACCACAUAUGGCUUCCAAAAAACCUGUUAACCGCCCAUCAGUUAGGCACCCGAGUCACAACCAUCCAUUGCGCGUCUUUAAGGCCCAAAAUGAAGAUGAGAUUAUCUGUUCAGGAUGCGAGCUCGACCUAACCGGACAAGCUUUCAAGUGUACGAAGGACUGUGAUUACUUCUUGCACAAGUCAUGUUUUGACCUACCUCGUGAAAUCAAUCACAAGUCUCAUCCUGACCAUCCCAUAACCCUGUUUUAUUCCCCAUCUUAUGAUCAUCAGUCUUACGAGUGUGACGCUUGCGGUGAGUACGGAUCAGGAUUCACUUACAAUUGUUCUGUGUGUAAAUACGACGUUCAUGUCGGAUGUGCUUUCAUCCCUGAGACCGUGGAUCGUGAAGACCACAAACACCCACUCACUCUACUUUACAAGAUUCCAUGCGAAGAUGGCAAGAUGUACGUAUGUGAUGUUUGUGAAGAAGAGGUAUCGGAGAAUCUUUGGACUUAUUACUGCAAAGAAUGUGAUUACGGUACGCAUGUGCAUUCUUGCGCCCUUGAUGAAGAUUAUGAGAAGGAAGAGGAGGAGAAUCGAGAAUCCAGCUCCGCGGCUUCAAGGAUGAAGUCGUUGAUGAAGGCUCAAGACGAGAUUGCGGCGAUGAAGCUCGAGUCACGUAUGAAGAAAGCCGCUAAUAAUGCUAUUAUUUAUUCCAUAAGAUGAUGAUGAAGCUUGUCAUUGUUCUUUCUUUAAUAAAUUUCGUUUAUCGUGUCUCAUUGAAAGUUUUUUUUCUUAAAAUAAUAAUAAACUGAUUGAACAUAUAUUAGCUAACUUUAUAGAUUUUUAAAUUUAUGGUUUUUAUGUAUUUUAGUUAUUUGUAAAUUGUAUUAGUGGUUGAUAUCGGUUUUUGGUAAAAAUUAUAUGAAAUCAGAAAGUGGUAUGUUAAGAUACAUUUGAUUUGAUAUUGGGCCUCUCUCUCUCCCUUCCCUCUCCCUUCUCUCUACCAGAAGUUUCAAAACCCUAAUUUACUGCCGUUCUCAGCCGGUGGUGGCCUCCGGUGGUUUCUCUACCGCCGCCGCUGCCGGCUGUCUCUCCUCCUCUCUCUGUUUCCCUCUUCUCCCCUGUCUCGCCUCAUUCUUCCUCUCUCUAGCUCCGCCGAUAUACUCUCCAUUGUGGUCUCCCUCCCCUCUCCGGCGUCACUGUCCGGUGGUGAGGUUUCUGGAGCGGUGGUGAGGCGCGGCUGUGAGAGUGAGGUUUGGUGGCUCUUCCGAGGGUGAAUUCGAGACAUUGCAUUAGAUCUGGCCAGAUCUGCUAGCAAGGGUGGGCGAUGGUGCUCCGGUGGUGGUGUUCUGGGUCUCCGACGCUUCCUUCGGCGUUAGUUAGCUGUGGUCGAUACAAGAACCCUCGUUCUCGGUUGGGGUUGCUCGUCUUUGCGAUCUCUCUCCAAAUCCAUCUGUCUCUCAUCACCAGUGAGAGGUGGCUGGUCAUGGAGUCGAUUUUGGAUCUCAAUCGGGUGCUCUGGUGGUGGUGAUGAUUCUCUGCCGGCAGUUUCUCCAUGAAGAUUGCUGCAGCAGCUCCUUGUGGCUAGAAGGCUUUGCUGCCUGGAUCUCGAGGUAAGACUGGGCUCUCUUUCUUCGCUAAAUCAGAGGUGGCGUUCUGAUGAUGCGGGUGGCUGGAGCUUCUUUAUGUGGUGAAGGGUCAGGCUCCGGUUCUCGGGGUCAGGCUCCGGUUCUCGGGGUCAGUCGCUCGCGCGGGUUAUUGUUGGUCUAGGUUGUUGUAGUCGUCCUUGGUCUGCAAUCCCGGUGGCAGCGAGUGUUGCUAGCGCCUCUGAAGAUAGGGUGUAGUUCUGCGGUUUCUUGCCCUUUGGUGUUAGCGUCCUUUUCCCCGUGCAGAGUCUGGUGGAUUUGGUGGGUUAUCAUCCAUUAGUCUUUCCAAAUAAGAGCGGUUUCAGGCUGAAGUCUGGGUAUUGGUGGAUCCAGUGGGGGUCUUAGGGUUAUUGGAGUAGUGUGGUGCCUCUGAUCUUCAGGUGGGUGAGUAGAGGUGGCUGUUUGCGGUGUUUGGUGGCUGCAGCUUCGACAGGCUCUGGUUCGUCAGUUUGCCGCCUCGGUGCAGUCCCAUUGUCGUCUACUGUGACCUCCUUGUUCCGAUGGUGUCUUUGCAUCUGCAGGUGGUAGGGCUUUGUAGUGAGGCUAUUUUUUUGGAGGCGAGUGCCUGGGCAAGCCAUUAUAUAUCAGCUCGUUCUCAUAUGUUUACUAGUGUUUUCACUUGAAACUCCUGAUCAUGCGUGUUGCGCUCUCCGACCAAUCCUUUUAAGUGCUUCCCGAGUGGUCUUUCCUCUAACUCUUGUUUUCUAAGCCUAAAUCGUGUUUUUCUUAUUGUUUUUUCGUUGUUGUUAUAUGUAGUUUCUUUCUGUUGUUGUUUCUGCUACUAGUUUGUCAUUGUAA